CAGCCACGCGGGCCAACUUCGAAAUUGCCGUCAUCUGCGCUCUCCCAAUCGAAGCCGAUGCCGUCGACGCCCUCUUCGACCACCACUGGGACGAUGACGGGCCGCCCUACGACAGAGCCGUGGGCGAUCCAAACGCCUACUCCACCGGCGCCAUCGGCCGUCACAACGUCGUCCUCGCAUACAGCAGGCGUGGGCAAGGCCAACGCCGCGGCCGUCGCUGCCCACUACCGCGCGAGUUUCCCCAACAUCAAGCUCGCCCUCAUCGUCGGCGUUUGCGGUGUCGUCCCUUUCCGUCCCGGCAGCAGUGGGACGGCCGAGACCGUGCUCGGCGACGUCAUCGUCAGCGAUGGUGUCGUACAGCACGAUCUCGGACGGCGACUACCCGAACAGUUCGAGCCGAAAGACACGCUUCUGGACGCCCUGGGUCGACGAACACCGAGAUCCGCGCUCUGCUCGCCAAGCUCAGGGGUCUCCGUGGCCGGAAGAUGCUGCAGGGCAAGAUGGCCGGCUAUAUGGACGUGCUCCAACAUGAGCCGGAGCUGGCGGCCAUAUACCCCGGUUGCGGUUGCGACGGCAAGCUGUUGCCGCGCACCUGCCUCGAGCAGGGCGAUGGACAGCCUGCGGUUCACUUUGGCCUGAUUACGUCGGGUGACACGGUCAUGAAAUCGGGCGAGGACCGCGACGACAUCGCACGGCAGGCGGGUGUUAUGGGGUUUGAAAUGGAGGGCGCCGGUCCAAAAGAACAAGGCGUGGCAGCGGUACGCGGCGGCGACGGCGACAGCAUCCAUGAAGGCAUUUUUAGGCUACUGGGUGCCUUCGGUACCAGGAUCUCUUCCUCCCCCCGAGCAGCCUACCGGACCUUGGUAAAAACGCAAAUUGCUCUGGCAUACACAUACUGGCUCCGGCGGACGAGGCCAGAGGUUUCAGUCUUCUGGGUCCAUGCAAGCAAUGCGGAACGAUUCCGGCAAGCAUAUGCGUCUAUCGCGCAGGAAUGCCAGGUACCGGACUACGACGACCCAAAGGCAGACGUUUUGUUGCUGGUGAAAGCUUGGCUGAAGAGGAAGGAUUGCGGCCAGUGGCUGAUGGUUAUCGACAAUGCCGACGAUAUGCAGCUCUUCUUCGGACAGCAUAUGGGCCUCGGACAGUACCUCCCCGAGUGCCCGCACGGCGCUACUCUUGUUACAACCAGGAACAAGCAGGCCGGCUUGAGGCUGACCAGGGGGAAACGCCCUAUCGAGGUCGGGAAGAUAAACGAAGACGAGACAGACCAGCUGCUCUGCACACACCUUGACGGAAUCAGCAUUACUUCUAGUGAAUCCUCGGCACUUUCUUAUCGCCUAGAACACCUUCCGCUCGCGCUCUAUCUUGAGCUCUUGGACAGUAGCGAUCAGGAGCUCGUCGAUCUCCUCAGCGAAGAAUUUGAGACAGACGGGAGGGAGUCGGAGACCCCUCGUGCAGUGGCUGAGACAUGGAUUCUUUCGUUCGAGCAGAUCGAACGCCUCUUUGACCGGCAAGCCAUUCCACUGGAAUUUUUGUCCCGUUAUAGGAAGCAGCAGGACCAGGAGCAAACGGGGCCGAUACAGCUUACGAAAGCAUUGGGUGUUCUGAAGGCGUUCCCUUUUAUAUUGGUGACGCGAAAGUGGCUCGUCAAGAAGGGCAGGAUGAGGCACUUUGCCGGGCAGGAUGAGGCACUUUGCCGGGCAGGCACUGUUGGUGGUGUGCAGGUUUACCCGUACGGCUGUCGUGAGGACCGGGCGAUAUGUAGCGCAUUGCUCCCCCAUAUGUAUGCGGUACUGGGGUUUGAGCACAUCGAGACGAAGGAUGAGAGACUGGCAAGGGCAACACUUUUUCACCAUGCUGGCGGGUUCUUCUCUUACCAAGGUCAUUGGAAAGACGCGGAGAAGUUCAGGUUACAGGCGAGAGGGUUGCGAAGGGAAGUGCUAGGAGAGGAGCAUCCCUCGACGCUAACCUGCAUGGCCAACCUGGCGUCGACAAAGAGGGUGCUGGGAGAGGAGCAUCCCUUGACGCUGACCAGCAUGGCCAACUUGGCGUCGACGUACUGGAAGCAAGGCCGAUGGAAGGAGGCUGAGGAGUUACAUGUGAAGGAACUCGAUAUCUGUUCGAUGAUGCUGGGAGAGGAGCAACCCGACACGCUGACCAGCAUGGCCAAUCUCUCUCACACCAGGAAAAGUCAGGACCGCUUUGACGACGCUCUAGACUUGAUGAAGAUCUGCUUUCAUCACCAGCAGCAAGUGCUAGGCCGAGAUCAUCCACACACGGUCUCUACACUCUCUUUUCUGACGGAGUGGCAGGCGCAUAACGGCAACACAGGCGCUUAG